AUAAAACUAGUGUCAUUAGUUUCAGUCGAAGUUUUAUCAAAAUGAGGUCUGUUCUGUUAGCAUUUGUUGCUGUUGUUUUGUUAGGGAUUAGUGUCGGCGAAGACGCGAAACCAAAAAAUAGUUUAGAAGACGAUGUACUCUCACUUCUUACAAAAUGGCGACGUGGAGAGAGAGGUCCUUUUUCAUUUCCCUUGCCUUCUUUGGAUGUGUUAAUAACGCCCCCAGUCAACGGUAACUACGAGGGAUACGGUGCCAAAAUCAAGUAUUCCACAAACGAGUUAUCUAUUACUGGGUUGAAAAAUUUUUCCGUAGACCAGAUAGAUAUAUCAGCAUCACAACUUAAAGCAUCAGGUGUUAUAACCCUGCCUGCUAUAUCAGUUUCCUCAGAUAAAUAUAGCAUUAGCGGGAAAGCACUGUGGUUUGUACCCAUUGAUGGAUCCGGCACAAUGUUCACCACUAUAAGGAAUAUUCAACUGAAUAUCACUAUUCAAAUGCGUUAUAAUAGUGCUCUCAUGUGGGUUGAUUUGUCGAAGUUAUCGUUUUCAAUAGGCGGUGUAAAGGCAAACUUAGAAAAUGGCCCAACAACAAUUGCGACUUUAUUAAACAAAUCCGGUGUCAGUAUCAUACACAGUUAUCAUGAUGACAUUGUAAAAGCAGUGCAAGGUCUCAUGAUACCCGCCAUAGAUGAUUUCCUGAAGGGUAAUGACAUUGUUACGCCAGAUCAGCUGUUUAAAUUAUUAAAUUAUACUGAAACUCCUCCGCCGCCGCCAACCAAAAUGAGAGUGGUAUAUCUUAUUCUCUUAUCGGUUAGUGUGGUUUUGGCUAAAGCUACGCCUAUAAAUAAUGUCGAUAAUUUAAAUGGCCUUACCAUUACCCAAAAUGUUGGGGAUUUGGAGUUUUACACAUCGUUCUUAGAACAGGAUAGCGAAAUAGAGGAUUAUUUAUCCGAAUACUUCAACACAUUAGAUAUAAAACAACGUAAUGCUAUAGCAGAUACCAUCACAGAUGCACUUAAUGGCUUCAGGGAUGUUAUUGCCAAUGGAAAUGACUAUUUACCUCCUCUAGAUCCGUUUGUUGUUGACCACAUUGGACCAUUUUUAUAUACAGCUAUUGGAGUUCGUGCCUCUGGCGAUAUACAUAAUCUGAGAGCAGAGGGUUUGCAAUGGUUUACAGUAGAUCACGUCACUUUCAACCCAUUAUGGCUCUCUUUUGGUAUACAGAUGACUAUUCCAAGGAUAACUAUUACAGGUAGAUACGGUGCCCGUGCAACAGUCUUUCUUAUUAACCAUAACGCCGGUGGUAACUUCAGGAUUUUCGCGCAUAGUAUAGUAGUAGGGGUAGAUACAAGACUGGGCGCUACCAUACGAGGACAACUUUUCCUGAGGGAACUCGACAUUAAAAUCGACAUUCACGACACAUUGAUCUCAAUCGAGGGAAUGACUGGAUCUAGCCUCAUCAACGCGUUUAUCAAUUCGUUCGUGCAGAGCAUCACUCAGGAAGUUAUCCAAAAUGAAUUGCAAACCGUGAGCCAACUUCUCAGCGAAGAACUGUUCGAUGUUAUAAACGAUUUUCUAGCAGAUUACAGCCUCGCAGACAUACGCAUCUAAGCCAAAUUGUUAAUUGCCAAUAAAUAAAGUCGAUUACCAAUGAAAAAUAUGUUUUUAAUUAUUUUAUAAUCACUUCACACCCUAUAAAAUUUCGUUUAAAAAUCUUGGAAUUUUUAAUUACGUAACACAG